AUGUGGGCAGCAGAAACCGAUUUUCUGCCGUUGGGAACCUUUGUCCGCUUCCCCACACUUGAGACUUGGACUCGUUCCUUUUCCCCUCUCCUGAUUCUAGAGGGUCUGUUGCGGUUCUUUUCUCUUCUGCUCGCCUCCCGUGUCCUUUCGAUCCGGGCCUGUUUUCAUUCCUUGAUAUUGGGGCCCUUUUCGCGGUUAGAUACCGGAGUGGAAUUGCGAAACGACUUCCGAGGCAACGGGGAGACCUGGCGCAUUCGAGGUCCGUCCAACCAAUCUACCAGCUCCCAGCUUACUCCCUGCGAUGCCCCUCCCUUUCCCCUUGAGACUACUCGAAGCUGGCGAUUCCUCCCAUUAGAUGGGCUUUGGCAAGUGGUUCUGACGACUGACGAACUUCUCGUCCCUUAG